AUUGCGCUUAUCAUUCGUGCUUGACGCGGACUCAAAGUUAAAUGGUGACUUGAAGUGCUGUACUUGGUGGAGGUUGCUCAAUUUCUUUGUAGCAAUGAUUUUCACCAAAUUGUGUUCGUUAGCCGUUUUUGGCAUUAUUUUAGGCAAUAAAUGCGUGAAUGCAGUAAGCAAUUCAAACAGUCGUUUCAAAUUUACAAUAGAACCUCAGGCACUUACAACUAGCGUAACGCAAACGGCAGAUUUUAACUUGCUAUUUCAUGGCUGUGACGAUAAUGGACAUAAUAUUACCCUAACUUGGGAUGCUGAAGAACAGAUCAAGCUAAGCCCUUCAAUUAUCACAAUAAAUGGAUGCGAAAGCGAACACUUUUCCAUCAACAUCUCGUCAUCGAAACAGGGACGAUUUAUCAUCCGUCCCAUAAUUAUCACCAGCAAUCUCAGCGUCGUCGAUGAUACCCGCCUGUUUGUGCAGCUCAAAGUCGCCCAAUAUCGCCCGCUGAUAAUCGUAUCGAUGCUCAUCGGAUGGACGUACACCGUCUGCUGGACAAUUGGCGAUUACUUUCAAGCUUGGACCAGCUACCGGCGCAAGAGCGUCGUCGGAUUGAGCUUCGAUUUCCUUUACCUGAACAUCGUCGGCAAUUGCUGUUACGCGACGUUUAAUGUGGUGCUGUUUUGCAGUGCGUUUAUUGAGGACGAGUAUUUCAGACGCCAUCCAUUUGGGUUGAAUCCGGUGGUGCCGAAUGAUGUGGGAUAUGCAGUGCACGCCGUGUUUGGAAACUUGGUCCUGAUUGCCCAGUGCUACAUCUACCAGAAUGGAGGCACCGUUGUCUCGACUGCGGUCAAACUGCUCAUUUCCGGCUACGUACUGAUGGUGAGCGUGUUCUGUGGCUUUGCGAUCGAGGAACAGAUGCACUGGCUUGACUUCCUGUACAUACUAAGCUACGUCAAGCUGUCAACAAACUUGAUCAAAUACAUCCCACAAGUACUUAUGAACUACCGGCGAAAGAGCACGGAAGGCUUCGCUAUCUCCAACCGAUUACUGGACCUUGCGGGUGGAUUGUUGAGCCUGCUACAGAUGGUACUCAACGGUUGGAAUUAUGAUGACUGGCAAUCAAUUGUUGGAAGUCCGGUCAAAUUUGGUCUGGGAUUCGUUUCCAUCUUUUUCGAUGCAAUAUUUAUGGUACAGCAUUAUGUUUGCUAUAGGUCCCAUACGGGAGACCCCAAGUAAACCAGCAUAAAGAAGAUCAUUCAAAAACAUAAA